UCCUCCGCCUCAAUCGUCUCUUCCCUGUCAACGGCGCAGAAGCUAAGAUGGCGGCCUUGGCGACCGGCGGGCUGACGCGGAGUGAAAGACCCACGACGAGUUUCCAAAGGAAAGGGCCGGACGGCGGAGGUGCCCGCUUGGCCGUUUUGCCGGGCACCCGGCCGUCGGUGCGGCACGGGCAGCUCCUGCUUUCCAGCGGGGUCCCUUCUCUGGACUAUGUGCUAGGUGGAGGUCUGGCAGUUGGAACCCUUCUUCUUAUUGAGGAAGAUGUAUACGGUAUUUAUUCCAAUCUGUUGUUCAAGCAUUUCCUUUCAGAAGGAAUAGUCUGUGGACAUAAUUUAUUUGUUGCUUCAGAUAAAGAGGAGCCUGCUGAUAUUCUAAAGGAACUUCCAUCACCUUUGUUGAAUUACUCUGUCAGUGAAAUGGAAGAAGUGACAGCUAUGAAGUCAAACCAAGAUUCUCAGGAAUCCAUGAAAAUUGCCUGGCGUUACCAGAACGUACCAAAAGUGGAGGUGACCCAAACAGCCUUUUCAAAAUUUGGACACUACUUUGAUUUAUCAAAAACAAUGGCACCAGAAUUAAUCCAGAACAUCAAGUGGUACGGUUUUCCCCUUGAAGAAAAAGCUUUGUACCCUGAUAUAAAAUCAUGUAAUAUGGCCUAUGGUUAUACCAGACUGCUUCAUUCCAUUCAGAAAGUCAUUCAUCAGCAAGGAUAUGAUGGAUCCAUUCCCCAGAAAAAACAAAGAAACGUUUUGAGGAUUGGAAUUCAGAGCAUUGGUUCAGUCCUAUGGGGUGAUGACAUUUGUAGUGCUGAAAAUCCAGAAAAUAUUCAUAGCCUUACAAAAUUUCUGUAUGCUCUCCGUGGCCUCCUUAGAACAUCUUUGUCUGUCUGCAUUAUUACUAUUCCAGCUCAUCUAAUCCAGAACAAAGGAAUUACAGAACGUGUUACAAAUGUGUCAGAUACGGUAGUUGGUCUUGAAUCAUUUAUCGGUUCUGAGAGAGAAACCAAUCCAUUAUACAAGGAUUACCUUGGUUUGAUUCACAUACACCAGAUUCCUCGACUUAAUAGCUUGAGCUGUGAUGUGUCAGACACGAAGGACCUUGCUUUUAGAUUGAAAAGGAAGCUAUUCGUUAUUGAGCGAUUGCAUUUGCCUCCAGACUUGUCAGACACAGCAAGCCGUGCAAGCAAACAGGAUGUGGCAGAAUCUGCCAAAUUGCUGAGCUCAGGAUGUAGUGCAAUGGCCAUAGGCAAGAAGCACCUGGACUUCUAGUGAUUUCUACUUAGCAGUUUCACUCUGAUUUAUAUGACACUCUAAUUAUGACUGUUAAUGACUUAUGUAAAUAUUUUUCUUAAUUAUUGUGACCCAGUAGUCCUAAAAAAAAUCUAACUUACAAGCUGUGCGCCUUAUUUUUUCUUAUUUUUUAAAUAUUUGCAAAUGUUGUAUUGGAUGUUUCUACAGUAAACAAAUACAUCCUAUAUUUUGAGGCAGUUUUAAAGACUUAAAAUACAUUGCCAUUUUGAAGUUACAGGAUUUUCUAUUGCCAUCAACUUUACUGGUCUUAUUGAAGUUCAAGAUAACGACUGAGAAAAUGAAGAAUUAAAUUUUACUUGCUUAGCAAAGCUGUUGUAUACUGUAUAUCAAUGUUAUGAAUAUUAAAUAAAAUCAUGUUUUUAAAUGGA